ACCUUCGUUUAUUGCCUGAAGUUUUUUAUCUCUCCUCUCUCUUCUCUCUACACCAUGGCCCGAAACGCAGAGAAGCUGCCCUUCAUUCUGCAAACCCUAGAAAUCUUACAGCCUGAAACCAGAGAGAAUGUAACCCUAAAUUUAGAAACUGUAGAUCGAGAAUUCGUGGAUUCUGGCGCCCUAGACCCAGAAACCCUAAGGUGCCAUGACGAAGCCCGGGAUCGCGAGAUUGACUUCUUUGCUUCUACUGAUACCCUAGAACCAGGUCAUGAAUUUGGAAAGGGAUUGGGGUUGGAAGAAGAAGGAGAAGAAGCAGGAGAAUACGAAGAACCAGAAGAAUUGGGUCGUGAUUUCAUGGAUCAGGUAAGCCUGGCACUUGGUUUGUUAGAUCGAAAUGUGAGAACCCAAGAAAGAUCCUAUAAUCUGAAUUUGCGUUCAUACUCUCCAUCUGAAUCUCAAUCAAGGGUUUUGGAUGGUGGGUAUGAUUCAGAUCAUCGAUCUCUAGAUUCAGGAUCGGGAUUAGAUUGGGGCUCAGAUAUAGGGUUUGGGCUAGGUCUUGAUCUAGGGUUUGGACUGGGUAGAACAACUAUAGAAGAGGAUGAUGUUGAUGAUGGUAAUGUGUAUGAACACGAUGAUGAAUCUAUACCUGAAAUGGGACUUCCAUGGCAUGAGGAUACUGAUUUUGGUUGCAGAUAUGGGGGUUUGUCUGGUGAACUGCCUUUGUAUUCUGGUAGUUCAGUGUCAAAUUCUUGUGAUACCUCAGUUUCAGGCUCAACUGGAGCCAGGUCUUCCAUUCUGAGUACCCAAACUCUAGGAACAGUUCGGGGCAAUAUGAACUCGACUGAGAACACAAGCUCUCGCAAUACGGUUGAUGAUGAAUUUGGGUUUGUGGGGCUUGAUCCAUUUUCAGAUUCUGAAAUGUGUACUUAUCAAAGUGGUGGGCUUUCUAGAGCUUGGGAUGUCAAUUCCAGUGUAAGCUGUAGUUUAGAUAGUGAUGAACGUGAUCAUGAUCUUGGUGAUUUUGGAACAAUGGGUUUUGAUUGUAGUACUAAUUCUACUUCAGAUGGGGAUUUGUUUGAUGCGCAUUCUAGGUUUUUGCGGGUUGGCCAUGGUUCAGAUUUUACUUCAGAUGAGGAGUCGCUUAUAGAGAGAGGAAUUGACGAUUCUGGUGAUUGGGGUGUUGAAUCAAAUCCGAAUCAUGACUUGGGUGAUGGAAUAGAGGAAAACUUUGGACUUCCGAUUUGUUGGGAUUGCCUCCCUUUGGAUGAUCAGAGGGAUUUGAAUGAUGAUGCUGAAUGGGAAGAAGUAGGUGACGAAUUUGGCGAGAGGGAGGUUUCCAGUCGAACUAAUUCAACUUAUGCAGGCCUCUAUCUAGAAGAGAGAACAAUUGAUGAUCAACGAAGUCAUGCUGACCUUGAGGAAGAAUUGGUACCAGAAGAAGAACCAUUGUCAGACGAGGAAUUCGUGCCCCGGGAGGAGGCAGUCCCUGGAGAGCUAGUAGUGGUAGGACAAAAUGAAGAUGACGAAUCAAUCAAUGAGGAUAUUCAUGAAAUUGGGUCAAUGGUAGAAAUGAGAAACCGAGACUGGGCAGUUCUUUCUAUUGAUAAUCCCAUUGAGUUUAUAGUGGAGCCUCUUAGCAAUGGGGAAAUUGAGCCCUAUGAAAGUGAAGAUUUUGUGUAUACAGCUGCCGGACAUGAGAUAUUGCUAGGGCGAUGGGCUGAAAAUGAAAGUUUUCAGAGAGGAAGCCCCCCUGUAUCUAACGCUUUUGUCAAAAACUUGGCAUCGAUUGUGUUGACCCAAAAAGAUGCUGAUAACCAUAACACACUUUGUGCAGUUUGUAAGGAUGACAUUUCUAUUGGAGAGAGGGCCACUCAAUUGCCUUGUUUGCACCAUUAUCAUAAAGGAUGUAUUUUGCCUUGGUUGGAAAUUCGGAGCACAUGCCCUAUGUGUCGGUAUGAAAUGCCUACUGAUGAUCCAGAGUAUGAGAGGUGGAGAAGACAACAGGUGGUAGGCUGAUUUGGAGGGCAUCUGUUAUCUCAGUGUAGGAGGUGGACCAUGUCAGCUUCAUUUGAAUGUAUAUCCUGAGAGGAUAUUCGGGUUUUAUAUAGAUGGUUUAAACUUUAAACCCAUCUUGUUGUUAGUCUGAUGUACUUUUUGUUAUGAGGUCAACAUAUGUCGGCCUUCACCUUUAUUUAUCUUUAAUGGAUUCUUUCUUGUAAAAUGUUUAAGGUUAUUUCACAAUAAAAAGAGAGGAGGGGAGGUGGUGCUAAUGGAGUUUUUAUCUAUU